UUGAUUUUACCUGAAUGUAUGAAACUUUUGCCGCUUUAUUGCAACUGUAUUAUAAAGAGCGACGCUUUGCAAGGUAGCUCGGAGAUCAUGACUGACGAUCGCAGUUGGUUGAUGCAGACGGUCAUGUCUAUGGAUGUCCCGUCCAGCCACAUCUACUUUUAUCCUCGCUUGGUACCCUUGCAUGAAUUAAACCCAGACUCCAACACCCUACCAGUUGCCAUCCGCUGCUCGGCAGACCGUCUCAGUGACACUGGAGUCUACUUGUUAGAAAACGGACUCUCAAUGUUUAUGUGGAUUGGGCUACAUGUGCCUCAGGACUGGGUACAGAAUGUUUUUGGUGUCAACUCAGCUGCACAGAUUAAUAUAGAAUCUCAAAAACUUCUGCAAAUUGAUAAUAAAGUAUCAAACCAG